AGUGAGGGCAGGAUGCGUCAAGGCGGAAGUGAAGGUGAAGCUGGGAGAGCAGCAGUGGCCGCAGAUGUCUCCUCUCUUGUGAGCGGGGCGGGGAAGAGGCCGGCGGAAUGGAGGCGGAUACCAUUGCUGAGAGUGGGUUGGAGAAAAGCCUGUCUUUGUCAGAAGCAGAUGGUGAUUCCAGCAAUGGUGUCUACACAUCCUUCAUGAAGUCCCAUCGCUGCUAUGACCUCAUCCCAACAAGCUCGAAACUCGUGGUGUUUGACACUUCCCUUCAGGUAAAGAAAGCCUUCUUUGCUUUGGUGACCAAUGGCGUGCGGGCUGCCCCACUUUGGGACAGCAAAACACAAAGCUUUGUGGGAAUGCUCACAAUCACAGACUUCAUCAACAUCUUGCAUCGCUACUACAAAUCAGCCAUGGUGCAGAUCUAUGAGCUGGAGGAACACAAGAUUGAAACAUGGCGAGAGGUCUACCUGCAGGAUUCUUUCAAGCCACUUGUCUGCAUUUCACCCAGUGCCAGCCUGUAUGAUGCUGUCACGUCUUUGAUCCGGAACAAGAUACAUCGGCUUCCUGUCAUUGAUCAAGAUUCAGGGAACACUCUGUACAUCCUGACGCACAAGCGCAUCCUGAAGUUCCUCAAACUCUUUAUUGCAGAGUUUCCUAAGCCGGAGUUUACAUCCAAAACCCUAGAGGAGUUGAAGAUCGGCACCUAUGAAAACAUUGCCAUGGUCCAGACUGAUACUCCUAUCUAUGUUGCGCUGGGCAUUUUCGUACAGCACCGAGUCUCUGCGUUGCCUGUGGUGGAUGAGUCAGGUCGGGUUGUGGAUAUUUAUUCCAAGUUUGAUGUCAUUAACCUGGCGGCAGAAAAAACAUACAACAACCUGGAUGUGACUGUGACCAAAGCACUGCAGCACCGCUCUCAGUAUUUUGAAGGUGUUCUCAAGUGUUACAAGCAUGAAACUCUGGAGACGAUAAUCAACAGGCUGGUGGAGGCAGAGGUUCAUCGUCUGGUUGUUGUGGAUGAGAACGAUGUGGUGAAGGGUAUUGUGUCCCUUUCGGAUAUCCUGCAGGCCCUGGUCCUUCCUGGUGGUCAGAAGCCCUGACUGUAGGAGGGAAGACCCCACCGUCAUCAUAGGUCUGAAGCCUGGCACAGUUGUCCUUUUCUGUAUCACUUUUUGGCCUGAGCAGUCACACUGUGAGAGAGACUGUGUGGCACAGUUACAAACCAAGCCAAAUAUUUGCCCACUUCUAGAACGGAUCCCUUUUGUCUUUUUUCCCCAUCAAAACAGGCCAUAAGUCUUCUCCUUCCCCAUUUUGGUUGCAAAGGAGCCUUGAGACCUGUGGUCGCCUGGAGCUAAAUGUAUUGAUUUAGUGCUUAAGUGCUGGUCAAAAUGGGGUGGCUCUGGCUGUCCUUGAAUGAGGAGGGAGAUGGGACAAAAGGUCUAGCAGGCCUUGUAGUAAAUAUGUAUGGAAGGGACCACUUAACAAAAGAAGAAGAAAAAACACUAUCUAAAAUACAGUAUUCCAGGACAUUGGCUCUGUAGCUCAACAGAAACAGAGACAACUCUCAGAGUGUGUUUACACACUCUUCUGCCAGCCGUGUGUAUUACCACUUGCAGGUUUUCCUUCACAGUUUCUCAGGUGGGUGUUUAAUCUGAUUUGACAGCCUUCCCCAUCAGGUGCUCUUUUGAUGGGUUAGUUGGACUAUAGCUCCCAUAAUCCCACAACCAGCAGGCACAACCAGCAGGCAGAGUCAUCAGCAUCCAAAUUAUGAUCUUCUGUAAGCAAAA